UGCAAGCUAAGUCGGUAAGAGAGGAAUGGAGGAGCAAAAUGAGAGUGAUGAAUCUUCUGAACCCAAACAGAGCUAUGGCCACCAGACCAUCACCAUGGCCCUUCAAGAGACCUUCUUCGCUCAGAUCCCCACUUCUCUCCCUCGCCUUCCUCUUCUGCAUCCUCCUCUUUCUUCCUUACUACUUUCUCACCCCUAAAUCCCUUCUCUCCAAAACAUCUUCCCGUUGCAACUCAUACCAUGGACAAAAGUUCCUCUGGUACGCGCCCCACAGUGGCUUCAGCAACCAGCUCUCCGAGUUCAAGAACGCCCUUCUAAUGUCUGCCAUUUUGAACAGGACCUUACUUAUUCCUCCCAUUCUGGAUCACCAUGCCGUUGCUCUCGGUAGCUGCCCCAAGUUCAGGGUUCUGGAACCGAAUCAGAUUCGGAACACGGUUUGGGACCAUGUCGUUGACCUCAUUCGCACGAAGAGGUAUGUCUCCAUGGCUGACAUCAUUGAUAUUUCAUCCUUAGUUUCUUCAUCCUUAGUUAGAGUCAUAGAUUUUAGGAUCUUUGCAUCCUCAUGGUGCAAUUUGGAUAUAGAUAGUACUUGUUUUGGUGAAUUGGGUUGGCAAUAUUCUUUGUUUGAUAGCCUAAAACAAUGUGGAUCUUUUUUAUCUGGGCUUGAUGGUAGUGUAACUAAGUGUUUAUAUGCUGUGGAUGAAGACUGCAGAACUACAGUUUGGACAUACCAAAAUGGUAAUGAGGAUGGAGCAUUGGAUUCUUUCCAACCUGAUAAACAGCUCAAAAGGAAAAAGAAAAUUGCAUAUGUAAGGAGACGGCAAGAUGUGUAUAAGCAUCUUGGACCUGGUUCCGAAGCUGACUCGGCUACUGUAUUGGCUUUUGGCAGUCUUUUUACUGCUCCUUACAAAGGUUCAGAGUCAUACAUUGAUAUACAUGAAUCUCUAAGAGAUCAAAGGAUACAGAAUCUAAUUGAGAAGAUUGAAUUUCUCCCAUUUGUCCCUGAAAUUAUAAGUGCAGGAAAGAAGUUUGCUCAUGAGACCAUACAAGCUCCUUUCCUUUGUGCACAGCUUAGAUUAUUAGAUGGGCAAUUCAAAAAUCAUUGGAAGACUACUUUUCUGGGAUUAAAACAGAAAAUAGAAUCUCUGGGACAGAGUGUUCAUCCUAUUCAUAUUUUUGUGAUGACUGAUCUUCCUGAAGCUAAUUGGACUGAAAGUUACUUGGGUGAUUUGGCUGAAGAUUCUCGUCGGUUUAAACUGUUUUUUCUCAAAGAGAGUGAUCAGUUGAUUGUGCAAACAUCAAAAAGACUUGUGGAAGGAAAUCAUGGGAUGAGUUUUGGGUUUCCUUCGGGCACUCGUGAUAUUGAUAGUAAGGCUACCAAGCAUUGUCGUCCUUCACGCUUACCUGAUGUGCUUCUAUACAUGGAGGAAACUGUUUGCAGCUGUGCUUCACUUGGAUUUGUUGGAACUUCAGGUUCAACUAUUGCAGAGAGCAUAGAGUUGAUGAGAAAGUUUGGGGAAUGUUAAACUAUAACACGGUCUGGUUUUGGGAAAACUGGCUUUUGAUUCCCAAAUUCUUGUUAAGAUUGUAUUUAUCAGUCUCCCAAAACAAAAUUAGACUGGUUAAACAGUUUGACGGGAUGCUGAUCAAAAGAACAAAUUUCAACCCUGUAAAACAGUUUGCCCGGAUCAUAUGGUCGCUUAUCCUCCCUCAAGUUUCUCUCCAAUAAUCUUGAAGUGGAGCUCGUUAAACCUGUUUUUAUAUACAAUUUUGAUGUUGCCACCAGGAUAUUCAUGUAUACUCGUUUGUCACAUAUUAACAGUUAUUAAAGGGAAAAGAUUUUCUA